CAAACUGUGGGCCCCAACUCUGAGCACAGGUUACCGCUUUUCCUCUCAGGGUGUUGUCAGAAACUCUGCAAACCCAGCCAAACAAUGGUGCGCAGGUUAUCUGAUAAAACUCUCACAUGGAGCACACACACCUUAAAGGUAAACACAGUAACUAUGGAGCGACCCAACCUUCGGAGAUUAUUCUCUGUUUGCGACGUGAACAAGUCCGGUAAGAUCGAGUACGAGGACUUUACUGUAGUCUGCCGUGAGCUCAGCGUCCCUGAAACCGAGAUCGGGACUCUGUUUGACAAGUUUGACCCGCACGAAGACGGAUACAUCGACUACAACAGGUUUUCCUCCAGGUUUCAGGAGGUUUCGGAGACUCUGGAUCUGGCGUCUUUCGGCGCAGGGGCAUCCCAAGCACAAGACUCCCCCUGGGAAGAGUUUGAAGACAAGGCAGAUACGAAAUCCAUCCUUACCGAAAGUUUCAGGGAGCAGCUGGCCGAUCUUUACAAGGCCAUUCACUCCUCUGCAAACAUGACUCUCCUGCAGCAGUAUGAGGAACUCAUCCACUCCCUGAUCAGCCAAAGCCUGGACAGCAGACUUCAGUGUGAACAGCUUGAAACCAGUCUGAAGCGAGCCGAGGGCUUAAAUCACAGUCAGCUGACAGAGCUGGAGGACGAUAUACAACAACAUCUCGCUAGGACGGAGGAGAGGGCGAGAGACGAGGAGAGAAAGAAAAUGGAAGAAAUUAUGGCCGGCUUGCAGAGGAGGCAUGAGAAUGAAGUUGCAGACCUGCAUGCCAGUGUGGAAAGACUGUUAAAGAGUAAAGAAGACUCUGAACUGAACCAUUCAAAGGAAGAGAUGCUCAGACUGAGCGGACAAAUCAGCAAUCUCUCACACGAGAACGAGCAGCUACGCGGCUCUCUUCUGCAAGCCCAGACAAACAUCGCCAUCCUGCACUCAGAGCUGGACAAGCUGAAGAACGUGUAUGCGGAUCAGAAAGCUCAACAUGAACGAGAAACGGAAGAUUUGAAGAGGAUGGCUAUGGAAUACCAGUCGUACUCCAGUCAGAUUCAGAUUCUCCAGGAACUGAAUAAAAAGCUGUAUGACAGUAAUGACGACCUGCGCUCGGUAUUGGCAAGUGAAGCAGUUGCAGCUAAAAGAAGGCUGUCUCCCCAAAAUGAAAUCCCAGCCAGGAGAAUGAAACCCCUCCGACAGAGCACGCUCAACCAUAGCGGCUUGGAGGUCCCGAGCAAACUGACCUACUCUCAUGUGGCCACCUGGGCCGAUAAAUACCUGGACAGUGGGGUCUCCCUGCCGAUGGACACAGCUGAGAGCUCAGGCAGUGACUACGACAGCGACGACAGCAGAAGCUCGGUGGAAACUGUGCACUUCAGUUACUCGUGUGUCCCAUCUGACAUGGAGAUAUCAGAAGUGAAAUCUGAAGCUGCCGUGUCAAUGGCUCCGAGUAUGGCCACCUCCAUCGCUUCUUCCCUACGAAGACGUUUAUCUGUCUUUUCUCCAAAGCAGCCGUUGGAAGCAGACAUGGAAGCAUGUGAUGAGCCCACCCAGAUGUACCGCCUGGUUUUAGCGGGAGACGCAGGAGCGGGGAAGUCCAGCUUCCUGCUGAGAUUGACCCUUAACGAGUUCAGAGAUGAUAUUCAGACAACACUGGGGGUUGAUUUCCAAAUGAAGAGGAUGUUGGUGGAUGGCGAGAAGACAAAUCUGCAGAUCUGGGACACAGCGGGGCAGGAGAGGUUUCGUAGUAUUGCCAGGUCUUACUUCCGUAAAGCUCACGGAGUCCUGCUCCUCUAUGACGUGACUUCAGAAAGCAGCUUCCUUAACGUCAGAGCAUGGGUGGAUCAGAUUCAGGAGUCAGCGGAGGAGAAAAUACCCAUGUGUGUUAUUGGAAACAAGGUGGACCUCCGAGGGGAGCUUCCUGAGGGAAGCUGUGUGAGCAGUUUGCACGGUGAAAAGUUGGCCAAGACGUACGGUGCCUUGUUCUGCGAAACGAGUGCCAAAGAGGGUACAAACAUCACAGAGGCUGUGCUUCAUCUGGCAAGAGAAGUGAAGAAAAAUGUCAAACUGAGGCCGCAGUCAGACUCUCAGGUCAGACUGAAUCAAAUCAGCCCAAAGAAAACUCUUAACAACUGCUGUGGACUGUAGACGACUCAUGUCUGUACAGAGCAACGAAGGACAACGUGCUACUUUUAUUUAAUAA